AUGGGUCGCCUCACACUACAGAACAUCAACCAGCACGUUGUCAAGGCCGAGUACGCCGUUCGUGGCGAGCUGGCCGUCAAGUCCGAAGAGUAUCGGGCCCGGAUCCGGAAGGGCGGCGACACCGGCCUUCCCUUUGACACCGUCAUCAGUGCCAACAUUGGCAACCCCCAGCAGCUCGACCAGAAGCCCAUCACCUUCUUCCGCCAGGUCCUCAGUCUGCUCGAGAACCCGACCCUGCUCGAGCACGAAGAUGUCCUCAUCAACUCUCUGGGCUACAAGAGCGAUGUCGUUGCCCGGGCGAAGUGGCUGCUGAGCAACGUUGGCAACGUAGGAGCGUACAGUGCCAGCGCUGGUGUGCCUGCCAUCAAGGAGAGCGUCGCCAAGUUCCUUGAGAGAAGAGACGGCUUCGCUGCCGACCCCGCCCACAUCUACCUCUCUGGCGGUGCCUCGUCUGGUGUCAACACAUUGCUCCAUGUCCUCUGCGCCUCUCCCAACACUGGCAUCCUCAUCCCCAUCCCUCAGUAUCCCCUGUACACUGCCUCGCUAGCGGUCCUUGAUGCGACAUGCGUCCCUUACUACCUUGACGAGGCGGCGAACUGGGGCACCUCUCUCGAGACGAUCAAGGAGUCGUAUGAGAAGGCCACGAGCGACGGCACCGACGUCCGCGCCAUUGUCAUCAUCAACCCAGGCAACCCUACUGGCGCCUCGCUGCCCGAGUCGGACAUCCGCUCCGUGCUCGAGUUCGCCGCCGACAAGAACCUGGUCGUCAUGGCCGACGAGGUCUACCAGACCAACGUCUUUGUCGGCAAGUUCACCAGCUUCCGCCAGGUCCUGCUGACCCUGCAGAAGGAGAACCCGGGCGGCAAGUACGACGGCGUCGAGCUCGCCUCCCUGCACUCCAUCUCCAAGGGCAUGGUUGGCGAGUGCGGCCACCGCGGCGGAUACUUCGACCUGGUCGGCUUCGCCAAGGAGGUCGAGGAGCAGAUCUACAAGUUCGUCUCCAUCACGCUCUGCGCGCCCGUCAUCGGCCAGUGCAUCGUCGAGCUCAUGGUCAACCCCCCUAAGGAGGGCGAGCCGUCGUUCGAGCUCUACAACAAGGAGUACAACGGCAUCCUCGAGGGCCUCAAGGUCCGCGCUACCGCGCUCUACGAGGCGUUCAAGGAGAUGGAGGGCGUCGAGUGCGGCGAGCCCCAGGGCUCCAUGUACCUCUUCCCCACCAUCACGCUCCCCGAAAAGGCCAAGCAGGCCGCCGAGAAGGAGGGCCGCAAGCCCGACGAGUUCUACUGCAUGCGCAUGCUCGAGUCCACGGGCGUGUGCGUCGUCCCCGGCGCUGGCUUCGGCCAGAAGGAGGGCACCCUGCACUUCCGCACCACGUUCCUGGCCCCCGGCACCGACUGGGUCGGCCGCAUCACAAAGUUCCACAAGGACUUUAUGAACGAGUUCCGGUGA